AUGGACUCCAUCCCCCAAACCCUCUGGAACGCCCAGAUCCCCCUCCACAUCCUCCACCCCUCCCACCCAAACACCCCCCUCGUCACCUCCCUCCCGCGCUUCUCCUACCUCGCCCUCCUCGUCCCCCGCUGCUCCGCCUUCUUCCGCACACCCGUAUCGGCUUUCCACCACGAGGACCUCCUCCUCCGCAACCUCCCCCUCGGCCUCCUCGUCGACCUCUACCAGCCCUCCCUCCCCUGGCGCCUGACCGUCAGCGACGGCGACAGCUGGGACAUCGGCGACACCUUUCUCAACUGCGUCAAAGAGGCCGACUUCGUCCGCUACGGCAACGCAAAACGCAUCAUGUCCCUCUCCAAAGCAGACACCUCGACCCUCUGGAACGCCGUCCAAGACAACGACUACGCCUCCUUCCAAAAGAUCAACGCCCUCCUCCUCAACGCCCCCACGCCCCUCCGCCACGUCCCCCUCCGCGUCUACAUCCCCUCCUCACCACCCGGCGGCGGCGGCGCAUCGUCAUCAUCAUCAUCGCUAGCCGCCACCCCAGCACCGGCACCGGCAUCUCCAUCACCCACGACGACAGCAGGAGCGCAGCAGCAGCAGCAACAGCCCGAACCGGCAUCAGGCGCCUUCAAAGUCCUGCAAACCCUCGUCUCCCCCGUCGCCCCGGGCACGCGAAACACCCCGCAGACCCUCGGCCAGGCCCUCCGCGCCCAGCUGCCCUCCCUCUUCCCCUCCAGCCGCGACCCCGUGCUCGCCAACGUCGUGCUGCACGGCAGCCCCGUGCCCUUCUCGGCCCCGCUGGAGGAUCUCAUGAGGGAGGCCGCGUACCCCGACGGGUGGCUCAGUUUGACUGUCGUGUUGUGGUGA